ACUAUAAAAAUCGUUCCCUCUUCUUCUUCGUCCCUCCACAGGCUCUCUCUCGCGUGACUCUUAAGUCGAAAGGAGAAGAGAGAGAGAGAGAGAGAGAGAAUCAGGUGCGGAUGGAUCCAGACGCCGUAGCAAAGGCCUUCGUGGAGCACUACUACUCCACCUUCGAUGCCAAUCGUGCCAACCUCGCUAACUUAUAUCAGGAGUCAUCGAUGUUGACUUUCGAAGGUCAGAAGAUCCAAGGGUCACCUAACAUCGUCGCCAAGCUCACCAGUCUUCCCUUCCAGCAGUGCCAGCACAGCAUCACCACCGUCGAUUGCCAGCCUUCCGGGCCCGCCGGUGGUAUGCUCGUCUUCGUCUCCGGCAACCUCCAGCUCGCCGGCGAACAGCACGCCCUCAAGUUCAGCCAGAUGUUCCAUCUGAUGCCAACACCACAGGGAAGCUUUUAUGUGUUGAAUGACAUAUUCCGCUUGAAUUAUGCAUGAAGAAAAGAAUGUCAGUCAGUUACCCACAAGGGGAGGAGCAGCAAUGGGGCCAGAAGUCCAGGGCUAAAUUCAGUUUGAUUAUGUUUUUUCAGAUCCAGAACUUUUGAAUGAGAAGUGGGGAUUUUUUUUCUUGGUUGGUUAUGUUUAAAUAUUAAUUGUCUUUAUUUUCUAUUUCCAUGAUUCAGAGAUUUACUUUGUUGUGGUUGGACGGAUUGAUGAAAGAUGCUUUCUUAGAUACCUGUUUUUUCGGUUUCAAUCAAUGAAUUGGGUGUUGGAGAUUUGAAAACUUCAGUCAACA